AUGGCUAACGAUAAAGACGCGUUUGAAGUAAAAGCUGUUAAUACAACCGAAAGAUUAGCAAAGCUUAGAUCUUUGUUCCAAGGAGGAGAUUAUGAUAUAACUGCGUAUGUAAUUCCUUCAGAAGACGCUCACCAGAGUGAAUAUACAGCGAGUUGUGAUGCUCGAAGGGCAUUUAUUUCCGGUUUCACGGGCUCUGCUGGUUUGGCAGUUGUAUCAACAAAGGAUGCUGCGCUUUUUACAGAUGGUCGAUAUUUUUUGCAGGCCAGUAAGCAACUUGACCACAAUUGGACAUUGAUGAAACAAGGUUUACCUGAUGUUCCAACUUGGCAAGAAUAUUUAGUACAAGAUCUUCCUAAAGGUUCGAAAAUCGGAAUCGAUCCAACGUUGAUUAUGGCGAACGAUGCGAAAGCUUUAAAAGAAUCGCUUGGAAAAAUUGGGUCAUCGUUAGUCUCUAUUGAAAAUAAUUUAGUCGAUUUGGUAUGGGGAGAUGCUAGACCAUCUCGUCCAUGUAAUCCGGUAAUCGUUUUACCAUUGAAAUAUGCUGGACGCUCUCAUACCGAUAAAAUCGCGAAACUUCGAGAAGAGCUUGCCAAAGAAAAUUAUUAUGGUUUUGUUGUAUCCGCUCUAGAUGAGAUUGCUUGGCUUUUUAACCUUCGUGGUUCUGACGUUCAAUAUAAUCCCGUUUUUUUUGCUUAUGCUCUUAUCACCAAAAACGAUAUUGUACUUUAUAUCGACGAGAAUAAGUUAUCCGAUGAAAUCAAGGAUCAUUUGGGAUCCAGUAUUCGAUUUCGUCCUUAUUAUUCUGUUUUCGAAGAUCUACGUAAUUUACAAGACAAAUUUAAGAGCGAUAAUCAGAAACUUCUUAUAAGUACCCGUACAAGUUUUGCUCUGGCAUUGGCUGCUGGCGAAGUGGAACAAUUUGCCGCCGGAAAGAAAUUAAGUGAAAUCGAUGGAGCAGAUCGUUUGGAGAAAUUUAGAGGAGAACAAGAAGAUUUUGUUGGUUUAUCCUUUGAUACUAUUUCGGCAUCAGGACCUAAUGGAGCCAUUAUACAUUAUAAACCAGAACCAGAAACAUGUGCUAAAAUUGAUCCAAAUUUACUUUACCUAUGUGAUUCUGGCGGUCAAUACAAAAAUGGUACUACUGAUGUAACGCGUACCAUACAUUUUGGCACACCAACUGCGCAAGAGAAGCGCGCAUUCACACGAGUCCUCCAAGGGCAUAUUGCGAUCGACCGUGCAAUAUUUCCGAAAGGCACUACAGGAUAUUUGUUGGAUGUUUUUGCAAGAGCACCGCUCUGGAGAGACGGUUUGGAUUUUCGUCACGGUACAGGGCAUGGUGUUGGAUGUUAUUUGAAUGUACACGAGGGUCCCCAUGGAAUUGGAUCCCGAAUUACAUUCAAUGAGGUACCCCUUCAAGCAGGUAUGACAGUAACUAAUGAGCCAGGGUAUUAUGAGGAUGGCAAGUUUGGUAUUCGAAUUGAAACUCUCGUAUUUGUUCGAGAGGUGGAAACACCACAUAAUUUUGAUGAUCGUGGAUUUUUGGGAUUUGAACAUAUUACUUUGGUUCCUAUUCAGACAAAACUUAUUGAUGCCUCUCUUUUGGAUCCUAUUGAACACAAAUGGAUUAAUGAUUAUAAUGCUGAAUGUCUUCAAAAAGUAUCACCUUUCUUAGAACAAAAUAGUCCAGGACUUCGAUGGUUAGAAAGAGAAGCUUCUGCUUUUAAAUGA